AGUUUAAUCGUGAAACUUUUGCGUGAGCCGAUAUGUUUUUACAAGGCUUGCACCCACCACUAACAUGUCCAAUAUUCUUCUUCUUACUGCACAUUAUCUUUGUGUAAAAGAAAAACACAUUACAUACUGCGUGAAUAUUCGGUGCAAAAAGUUAACAAUCCUGGUUUAAUGUGUCGAAAAAUGCAGCAAGUGCAGCAAUAGACGCGCGGUCUGCCUUGUCGAUAACUGAAAAAUCGCGCAGGCAGUUCUUUUACGUUAAACUACUAUAUUAAUAGUAGAAAUAAUAUAAAUAGCAACAACAACAAACCGAGCACCACCAAAGAAGGCAGCAGUAUGUACAACAACGGCGCACGGGGCCACGGCUUCACAAUACACGACGCUUUCGAAGAAGAAACAGACGAGGCCAUACGGGUGUAUGGCUCCACAGUGAUAUCAACGCCAAUGCGGGGUGGGAGCGCCAAACAAGGCCGCUCCACCGAAGAUGUUUCCAUACGCAUACAGGAUCCAAAAGGCUAUAACAAAUACACCGAAGACACAACCUCAAGGGACAGUGACUCGCUGAUACAAGAAUAUGGUAAUUUGCCGACCGAGGAGACGAACACAUAUUGCUGGCGGCAUCCGAAGGUGCGUGAGAAUUGGCGCACAGUUCUGGCCGCCUUCACAUUGCUGAUUGUUGGCACCGGUCUAUUUGUGAUGGGCACCUUUGCUAUCGCCGAUCCACACAAUACAUCACAGGGUGUUGUAUUCUUUGUUGCUGGACUUAUUUGCUUUAUACCUGGGGCGUAUCACGUCGUCUAUAUUUGGCUGGCCGCGAAGGGCUAUCGAGGGUUCGACUUCUACCAUUUACCAUUAUUCACAUAAAUGGCGACUCUUGGUUGAUCCAAAAAAGAAAACGAAACGAGCAGUAAGAUUGAAAGCCCUGUCUAUAUAUAUUUAUAUAUAAAUCUAUUUUUUAAUUGUAAUUAACUCGAAAUCGUUUUGUGUAUGUAUUUUUUUCUGUGUUUAGUGGUGAAAUUUCUACAUAACAAAGAACCGAAUCUAGCAAUACAUAUUUUUAAAAUGUUUUCAUAGCAAGUACUCAGAAAUGUUUUGUAUACCCUCAGAAGUGCAAAUGAUACGUACAUUAAUGAUUUAUAGUUUUACUAUAAAACAUUGACUCAUUCACUCACACACACACUCGAAAUUUAUUUAAAAAACGAAAGACUUUAUAUAUGAUACUAAAUGUGGAGCGCAUUAGAAUAAACAUAACAAAACAAAAAAGUAUAUUGUAAUUUAAAAAUUAUUUGUAAAAUUUAAUUGCACCAAAAAUAUGAGAAGCGAAAGCUAACGAAAUGUUUUACGAUUUUUGAACACGAAUCUAUAAAUAUAUGUACUAUAUAUGGGAUAUAAUGGAUGCGCCUUCUAUUGACGCGUCUUAGUAGUACGCCUAAACAUAAAUUAGAUUAUAAAACUUCAUGGUAAAUGAACUAAAGUUAUAAAACAUUAUUUAAAAAUCGUAUGUAAAAUCUUAAAACAAAACCCAAGCUGUUAGCCAUGUAAGUAAAAGCGCUGAUAUUGCAAUAUAUAAUGUACGUUUUUAUAGUUAUAGACUUUCUGCGCAAACUUUUUUCUAGCCCUCAAAUUCACAUCUGCCCGUCCUCGAAAGAACUAAAAACAAAUGAAACACAUAGACUAAACCUUAAUUAUUCACCGCUCAUAAAACUCAUAACUCUUUACCAUUGCCCAUAAAUUUCCGCUGUUUAGUUCUUAAUGUUAUGUACAUUUUUUAGGUUAUACUUAAUAUGGUUGUAUUAAAGAUGGCAAAAAAAAAUUAAUAAAAGAAAUUUAUUUUA